GAAAAUGUUAAAUCAAUUAGUUAUUAUUAAAAAAACUAAAGGAAACGAGAAGACCCCCCGCGUCCCGCCUCUUGCGCCUCAUCCUCCCGUGGCGGCGGCGACUGCCCGGCCCGGCCGCCAUGUCGACCUGCGGAUACCACUCCCCGCGCUUCUCCGAGGAUAUUGCUUGGCUCCCGCAAUGGCUUCAGCCGCAUCGGCCGCCGACGGCCGGCGAACACCGAAAUCACAGUACAUGCGUUUCGCCGCCUUCUUGUCAGAACUGCGUGUUUAUCAGAGACCAUUCACAGGAGCGUCAGAAUUGUCAGAAUGCUGAUGGUUACAGUGGGUUCAUUUUGCACUUGUCAGGAGAUGAGGAGACAGCUGCAACUACACCAAACAGCAGCAAUGUACUACCUUUCUCUUUGCACCUUUCUUCAGAAAGUGCUGCAGAACCCUUCCCAGCUGAAGGCAGUGAUAAUACUCAGAUGCCAAACUCUGGUAUGCGCAAAGGUCCAUGUCCAUCAGAGGACUUUUUUGCAGAUGGUCAAGAACAUGAGGUCAAUGCUGUGUCUUGUAAUCAGUUUGGUGCUAAAGAUCCUCAAGAGGAUAAUCGGACAGGAGUCUGUAAAUUGACUAGCAAGGCAGGCAGUAGACCACUUGAUGCAAACAGACAUAAAAGACAUGAUGCAUCUGGAGGAAAGGUUGAGGUUCAGAAGCUCUGUAAUGCUGAUGUAAACGAUGCAAUUGAACUAUCUAUUGCUGCAUCUGAGGCCAUGGUAAUUGCAGAGAUGUUACUUGAUGAUUCUCAGUCUGAUAAAUUGGCUGCAACUGCCAUAGAAGCUGCUCUACAUGUGAAAGUAGCCCGGAAACAAUUUUACUUUGAGGAGACAGAACAUGCUUGUGGAUCCUCACAAAAUGAUCUUGACGAGACCGAUUGGCUUGCAGAAUUGGAUGAGGCUGAAAUGGUUGAUGUAUUCCAAGAUGUUGGCCUGUCUCUUGUUCAUACUGCUUGCUCAUCUCAAGAUCAGAACACAGGUGAUUUGAAGCUACAAAACUCCCGUCCUAGUUCCCCCCCAUGUGAUGCAGACGCACACACCUUUGGGAGUUGUUCUUCUGAGAAGCAAAAUAAAAGAUGGAAUAGCAAGAAUGCUGAUAGUGAUGACCAUGUAUCCAAUUCUUUCCCAACUAAUCAGUCAGCUGGAGUGCUACCAAAUGAAUCAACUCCAUGCUCUGAUUCUGUAAAGCAAGCAGCACUAAGUAAAACAUUUUCAUGCUCAAGAAAUAAGAAAACUGGCCUCCAGGUGUCAACUGAAAACAAUGCUGCUUUGCAUGGAGCCCCAGGGGCUCUAGUAACAUGUCAAAAUAUUCAUAAGGAAGUUGGGAGAGUUUCUGCACAGAUGAAUAUUGGUACAAAGAAGCAUGUAAAGGGUUUAUUCGAGAAAGAAACUAGCUUCAUUUCUGAGUCGAUUAGCGUGGAUGAGUGCUGUCCUACAUCUAGAGCACUGUCCAUGGAAAAUGUGGCAUCUUCAAGAGCAUCCUUUUAUUGCAGAACUGAAGCUUUCCAUGAAGAAAAACAUGGUGCUGAAACUGAAGAGCUGUGUUGUCAAGUAGUAUGUUCGAGCUUGUCACAUGCAGAUGUGGAUCCUCUGUGUUCCAUUGUUCCGUGUAGCAUAUCUUGCGACGAAGGUCUUAGUAGCCAGGCUCCUGUGUGCAAACAGAGUGAAGGCCAUGAAGGUCCCAGUAGCCAGGCUCCCGUGUGCAAAAGGAGUGAAUGCAAUGAAGGUCCCACUAGUCUGGCUCCUGAAUGCGAACAUAGUAAAGGAGAGGAGAAAGAUUUCACGCAUACCAAUGAAUCUCCGAGGAUACAAGACCUGGAUGGAGAGGCUGGUCCAUCUUGUGUGCCUUUAGUUAAGCCACUUGAGUCUAAUGUUCCAUUCAGGCGAAGGAUAUACAGUUCACUGAGGCCUUUUAGCACAAUAGUGCCUAAGUCAAACAUAUUUGCAAGUACUUCAAAUUGCAAUGCUGAUUUGACGGUUUGUCAGCAGGAGAGAUUCAAACCAAUUACUUUAAAUAAGAAUAUACAGCGAGUGCAAGCUGCUAAACACUUCAUAGAAAAUAAUCUUGAACCUGAAAGUUUGCAAUAUUUUUCUACAGUUAAGAAUAAGCCAUAUCAUCCUCAGGAUGACAGUGAGGAUCAAAUCAGAGAGCAACAGGUCCCAUGGGAAGUCUGUCGGUCAUCAGUAAAUUUGAAUAAUGGUAAACAGUGCCUUAAAAGAAAAAGGGUCCAAUUUUCAGAAGCAAAACCUAGUAGCAUAAGAACCAAGAGCAAUAGAAGGAUGCUUCCUAAAUCUAGAUUCAGUCGAUCAGAUAGCAGAAUAGAAGAGAAAGUUAAGACCAGAGAGUACAUUGAUAAUAAUGAAGCCACAUUUCAAGGAGUAGAGUUUAUAUUGACUGGGUUUCCUAAUCAGAAGGAAAAAGAAAUUGAGUCUCUUAUACGGAAAUGCGGAGGCUAUGUUCUUUCUAAAGUGCCACCCUUUCCACUUGAUAAAAGAAAGAACAUGGCUGAGGUUCCAAGCUGGAAGCCUCCCAUUGUACUUUCCCCUAAAAAGGUAUCAACAGCUAAAUUCUUAUAUGGCUGUGCCAUCGAUGCCUGGAUGUUGAAUCCCAAUUGGUUCUUUGAUUCUCUUCAAGCCGGCGUCCUGUUGCCACCUGCAAAGUAUUUAAUUCGACGAAGGAAUGCUCGGAAGCAUAGUUCGGCAGUUGGCCACGCACUUCACCCAAAAUGCAACGCAUUGAUAUUUGAUGGAGUAGGAUUCUUGAUCCAUGGCAAAAUCAGCUUCUGUUCAAAAUUUUCCAACAUUAUAAAGCAUGGAGGUGGCCAAGUUUUUGUAUCUCUUCAAGGAUUAGUUGAAACCUUGAAGGAUGGAAGCACAUCACAUGGAAUCAUUCUUGUUGCAAGUGAAGCUAGUGCAUCUCGUCAUCUAAGCCAUUGCGGGUUGGAACAUGACAUAAAGACAGCGCCAGCAAGCUGGAUCAUAGGCAGUUUAUUUUCAGGUAAACUGAUCCCUUUGAAGAAAGAUCGCUGUGCUUCAUUCCGUCGGAUCAAGAUGCCAUCACUCCAUCAACAUGUGUAUGACAUAAGUCAAGAAAUAUGACCUGCGCAUAACAUUGUGACAUUGCAUGGGCAUGUGAAAUAGUUCUGACCAAGACAAGGCUGGUGCACACCUCUUAUGGGGAUCUUCUUUGGACAGUGGAGUUUCUAACAGCGCCUUUUUAUCACCCGGAAGUUCCUCUGUCUGGCGCCAAGGCUGAUUUCUGUAGAUUUUGUCACUUAACAAAUGAAUGGGAGCUAGAAAACAGAGCAUUCAUCAAUCAUGAUAUCGCGUGCUACUGCCCACACUAUAGAUGAGAAAGGUUAGCUCAUGGGGAGUUGUGAGAAAUAUUCAUCAUGGAACCACCUUGCCCAUUCCGAGGCUUAAUUUAAGAAAAGCAUGACACAUACCGAUAUACUCCAUAUUUCUGAAAUAUGCAUGAGUAUAUAGUAGUGGAUGUUCACCCCUUGAUAAUCAGCAAGGAAGCAAAAUUGGUGCUGUCCAGAUUCCAGAAUCAGUUACAUGUUGUAAAUUGUUCCAUAGAUGUUGUAACCUGCAAGUUUGAAUACAAAUACCAGAGAGAGGUUAUAGCGGCGAGUGUUUCCUUUUAAUUGUACCAUCAACCAUCCUCAUCCAUGUAUCUGUAAAUUGUAAGAUGUUGAUUGACUGCUUCGUUUUACUCAGGCGUGAGCAUGUUUUGCUUCACAGUUUGUGAUAUGCGCAAUAAAAGUUGACGUAUUUCAGUCUUCA